AUGGAGCCCCGCGCAAAGGCGCAGGAACUCUUCUCCUCUUCUUGGUUGCCCUCGAGCCGCCGGUUCUCCUCUAGAGCCGGGAGGCCGGAGGGCUGCAAACCUCCCUUCGCCGCGCAAAGAGCAGCCCGCGCUUGGGAACAGCUCGCCGCCGCGUCGUGCGUAAAAGCGCGCAUCCGGGAGGCGUGGGAGGAGGAGUACUUCGAGAGCCUGCAGGAGUUCCGCAGGAAGGCGCUGAAGGGGCGGCUGAGCGGCGCCAAGGAGGCCCUGCGGAGGGUUCUCCACCAGCACAAGGACACAGAGAAGUUGGUGGACUUAAUGGACCUCUACAAGGAGGAAGAUGACGCCUAUUGGGAGCUGGUGACGGUGGCAACGGAAUUCUAUCAAUAUUUACUGCAUCCAUUUAGAGACAUGCGAGAACUGGCCACAUUGUACAGAUUGGAAAUCCUGAAGGCCCUGCAGGCCAACCGUCUGGGCCCCAAAAGGAUAGAAUCCUUGCGGAAAGAAGCUGAGGAAUGGACGGAUCGGGCCGAAGAAGCGGUUUGCUCCAUCCAGGACAUCACAGCCAGUUAUUUCAAGGAGACAGCGAUGGCACUGGCAGCCAUGCAGAAACAGAUGGAGCAAGACCAGAAGCGAUUUGGACAAGCAGCCUGGGCACUGGCUUCCCCACGGUUAGAAAACCUGAAGUACCUGUUAGCCAAAGAAACCCUGCAGCACCGCAGAGCCAGUGAGCUGUGCCUGAAGCACAAGAGAGCUGAGAUCCAGAAGCAGAUGGAGGCCCUCAACGAGCAGGAAGAUGGCGUGGCCCGGGUGGAAGAGCUGGAGAUUGAGUACUACGAAACCCAGCUGGAGCUGUAUGAGGUGCAGAUUGAGAUUCUGAAGAAUGAAGAGAUGUUACUUGUGACACAGUUGGAAACUUUGAAGAGACGGCUGAAAGAGAUUCAGGAUGAAGUAAUUUAUUAUGACACAUAUGAAAGUCCAGAUGAGUUAGAAUCUGCUCAGCCGGCUCUGGAAGACACCCAUGUGCCUAUCUCUGAAAUGACUCAACUAAGACAGAAGAUGCAGCAGCUGGAGUCAAAACGGGGGAUUAUCUGCUCACGGAGAGCGUACCUCAGGAACAAAAAGGAACAGUGUGAAGACAGCCGGCGUCUCAGGCUGCAGAAGGCUCAAGAGACCAGUCGCCAUUUCCAGCAGCAUCACAGCAUCCAGAUUAAAAGAGAUAAGAAGAAAGAGGAGGAGAAAAAGAAGAAAGCAUGGAUAAACCAGGAGCGACAGAAAACCCUGGACAGACUUAAAACCUUCAAAGAGCAGAAAUGUCCGUCUCAGUUUGUGCUGAAGACUUCCCACGCCCAGCCUUCGAAUGCCAAGCAGGGGCCAAGCGCGUCCCGCCGGACUCCACGUGCUUCCCCGCAGCCAUCGUCAACAAGCAAGAAGCCUCCCGAGAAGGUGCCGAAGAAUUCCCGUCCGGCACAAGCCAAAAGCUCUAGAGCCCUGCGCCCGAAACCCCCGAAAGAGGUCUCUGUCCAGAUUUUUGAAUCACCACGCGGGCCGGGGCCACACAAGCCGAGUGAGGGGGUGUCAUCGCUGCAGCCUCCGCCGCCGCCACCACCUCCGCCACCACCGCCUCCUCCUCUUCCUCCUCCACUCCCGGCCAGCUUGCCUGUUUCUUUAAGGACGACAGAGGUGCGUGAAGGCGCUCUGGUGGCCGGCAAUCCUGCAGGGAAAGGAGACAAGCCAUCCCACGGCACAGCUAAUCAUUAUGCAGGCUCCAUGGAUGAGGUUUUAGCUUCACUAAAGCGUGGAGAGGUCCUCCUUCGUAAAGUGGAAGAAGCGCCCCGCCCAGCUGCGUCUUCCAGCCCCGGCCUCAACGACAGCAUCCUUGCUGCCAUAAGGCAGGGAGUUAAGCUGAGGAAAGUCAGUCAAGAGCCCAAGGCGGAGGUCGAGAAGGAUUCUGGCAACGAACUGGAGAAAAGCAUCAAGGCCGCCAUCCAGAGAAUAAAGAAAGUGUCGGCUGAUUCGGAAGAGGAGGAAAACAAUGACCACAACAGUGGCGAAUGGAAUAGUUAACUGAACCAUUGGCAGAUUGUGUUCAGAGUUUUCUUGGAAGCAUCUCUGGGAUUCGACUGCGAGAAGAUCAGUGACAGCAAACGGAUACGAAGGCUUGUCCUGAGACUCGACAGGCCUGGCUGGCAUUUUGAAGGGGGUCCCGGAAUCUCUUGGCAGCACAUGGGAAUUUGGGGGGGGUGAGGACAGAGGUGCCAGAGUAGAGAGGGUCCGCGCUCAAGGUCGGGAGGAAGGAGAUCACCCGGUGUGAAGCAGUUCAGGGCAACCGGUUUACUGACACACAACAUGCCUCCAUCACUGGAUUUUGCAUAAGUCUGAAGGUUGGUAUUUUGAGGGAAAUUAAAGGUUAUAUUAUUUCUGGUGAUUCCACACCAGCAGUGGUUCAGAACUAUUAACUCUUAAGAGGGUCUUUUUGGUUUUGUUCCAAAAUUAUCUUAUCAACACAGUGCUAUUCAGAUGGCAUCUUGUAUUAUUAUUAUUUUAAAGAUCAUCCCAGAUAUAUAGAGCUACCCCCUCAAAAACAAAUCAUUGCACAGCAAAUGAGGGAGAUCAACUCCUAGUUAUUUUAAGUUCCAAGCCUGAUGGGAGUGGUAUAGUAUGCGAUUGAAGAAUUUUGUAGAAUCCAUGACAGCGUUGCUGACUGGUGUUAACUUUCACAGAGACACGUUUACUUUGCAAUAAUGCCAGUUAUCCAUGAACUAUUGAGCAAAAUUUGACACUAUGUUUUGGAGGCAGGGAUGAUCAUCACUACCCUUCUUCACCAUUUCCCCCCCCUCAUCCCCCCCCCACUGUGGGUGGUUUUCCCAACACUUGGUUAGACGAGGUGUGUCUUGGUUGGUGGUGCCAAAGGGGUAUUUCUCAAGAAGCCAGGGCAACACUGAAGUAUGCCCUCCCCUCUCAUCCUUUGGUGGCACUUCCGUGGCUGAGAUGACCCAUCUUAGCACUCCUCUGGAUCAGAACUGGGAAGGGUUCUAGUUUUGGGACACCCCCCCCACAAGGGCUCCCUGGCCUGGCUGGCUGCCUACCUGUGGGCCCUUCAGGGACCCUAUGCAAGAGAGAAUUAAUCAAGGGGCCUUGUGAGGUUUCACACUUCCUACAGCAGAGCAAACCCGGGUGGCUCCCAGCGGCUUGUCUGCAUCAUGUUUAGGGCUCUUCCCACGGGCCAGUCUCGGUGGCCUUUAUAGCAAAACAGAUCAAGAGGAGAAUGAGACUGCUUGCCUAUUGAGGGAGCAGGGAGCUUUGAGAAAUAAAUCCAACUACAAUUAAUGACAAAACCUGUACUCAUCAGUACAAACAUCUGGUUUGCAGUAUUUCACAUUUUUGUGCUGAAAAGGGUGAGAUCAGUAACAAUAUACUGACCAUGUCUAACACACGCCAGGAAAGAAAUUUGUUUUCCUGCAAAAACGUAAUUCUUGUUCUGUUCCAAAUCCUUUCCCCUAACUUAUUUGCUUGCACUUUCAAUUAUAGUGGUCACCAGUCCCUCUUAAUUAGUAGUAUUUUAAAUCUAACUCUACUACACUAAUUAGAGGAUUAAAAGGUAAGAUGUAUCCUGAACUACAUCUUGGACUACAUUAACCACUUUCCACCAAAAUACGUUUUAUGCAGAUUUGUCUUUUGUGGCUAUCCAGAUGAUUCUGGGAGUCGUGGACAUGCAUGUCUCUCCAUACAAUGUGCAUUUGCUGCAUCUUUGUCUCCUACCUCAGUGUCGUUUGUCUGCCUUUUGAGAGCAAAUGAUGGGCCUCCAGAUCCCAUGACUCUAGACUGGGCGGGUCAUGGGGACACAAGCUGAUGCAGGGUCAGGUCUAGAAAACGAAGCCCACGGGUGGCUCACAUGAGUUCCAAAGACUCAGAAAUGGCCUUUGGACAAGGUUAAUUCAUGGUGAAGAAAUGCAUGACAGGAGUUCAUCCUGAGAAAAAAGAUUGGCUUUCCGCCUGUUUUCGGAAGUAGGGGCAAAUAUUUUUCCUAUUUGACACUAUAAGGCUGUGCAACUCUUCUCACUAAGCUUUACAAAAUAUAUUACAUAGAACAGCACUUUAAAAAAAAGAUAAUUUGAAUCUGGUUAAACCUCUGUUCAUUUUUGCUGUCUUACAUUCUCCACAAUAAAGUAUCCCAUAAACUGGGGGAAA